AUGGUGGUAACACAUUUUUCCCCUUUUGUGAAACAAUGUUUAGUGACGGGUGGAGUGGCACUCAAUAUGGCCGGCAUGGGGCUGGUCUUGGGACUCUCCACCGUGCUACUCCCACAGCUGAGGGCACCAGACUCAACUAUACAAAUAGAUGACUCCUCGGGAUCGUGGAUAGCUGCCAUCCCUGCAUUUUCUAUUAUCGUUGGAAACUGCAUCGUACCUUCAAUAAUGACCAAAUUUGGAAGGAAAAUAGCAAUACUCACUACUACAACUAUAUCUGCUUUUGGAUGGGUGUGCCUCAUAUUAUCAAAUAGUGUCGAGUUCAUGAUCGCCGCUAGAUUCUUACAAGGUAUCCCAAUGGGCAUGAUCACAAUUUUAGGCCCAGUUAUAAUCGGCGAAUGUACCAGCCCUAAAAAUCGUGGUGCAUUCUUGAUGACUCUAUCAUUAUCUAUAGGUUUAGGAGUAUUUUUAAUUCAUACGAUAGGAAUCUAUUUGAAUUGGAAAACAACUUCUUAUAUAUGUAUUGUAUUCGUUUUAUUAAAUUUACUUAUUGUGCUAUUGACACCGGAGACGCCGAGUUGGCUAUCAAAUCAAGGUAAAUACGACGAAUGUAGAAAAGAAUUCAGAGCUCUAAGAGGCGAUAAUGAAAACGAUGAAUUAGAGAAAAUGAUAACAGCUGAUGUCGAUGUGAAUAAAGAAAAGGAAACCAGCGAUGUAUCGAAGACAAUUUUUAACAGAUUAGAAGCUAGUUUAAGUUAUAUAAAGGUUACAGUAAAAGAAAGAGCUUUCUAUAAGCCUAUAAUUAUAAUGUUGCAUCUUUAUACGAUGGCACAAUGGAGUGGAUCGAACGUAGUUACUUCAUAUACAUUAGAUUUAGUGGAACAUGUUAUUGGUUCUGAAGUCAACGUUGCAACAAUAGUAAUAUCAAUAGACAUACAAAGAUUGAUUACUAGUACAAUCAGUUUGAUCAUAAUAAAGAAGAUUCGAAGACGGCUGCUGUUAUUUUUAACAGUACCAUUGAAUAUAAUAAUGUACUUAAUUUUAGCUGGAUAUACGUAUGGAAAAGAGAAUAAUUUACUGCCAUACGAUAGUCCUUACAUUGGUAUUGUGUUGGUUCAUAUUCACGUCUUCUCCAUAGCAACAGGAGCGUUGCCUUUAUCAUAUGUGCUAUCUGGUGAACUGUAUCCUAUGCAAUACAAAGGUUUGUGUGGUGGAAUUAGUUCCUUGUUUAUGUCUUUAAACAUUUUCGUUGUUGUUAAAACUAUACCUGUUUUAUUUAGCUCAAUAGGCUUCUCAUUAGCAUAUUUGUUAUAUGGAUGUGUACUAGGUUAUUGUUUAUUUAUAGUAGGCAUAUUGUUACCGGAAACGAAAGAUAGGACGUUGCAAGAUAUUGAAGAGGAAUUGAGAGGACGACAAUGUCCUUUACCUAAAUAGUAUUCUUAUUUUUUUUAAUCAAAUGUAGAUAUUGGAAGCACCUGUAAGUAUUGAAAGUAAUUAGGGCUGUGAUAAUAUACCCAAUAAUUUGUUGGACACCAGUAAUGUAAUAGAACAAGAUACCAAAACUAUAGCGGCUAUGUAUAUAAAUAAAUUGGUGAAUAAAUACAGAAGAUAACU